CUUCCGUCUUCUUCAACCUCCCUGCAACCUCGCCCUCUCCGAGAGCGAUUCUCUCUCUCUCUAACUUUCUCUCUCUAGAGGUAUCACCAGCUCACAUUCUCUCUCUCUCUACUCUCUCUCUCUCUCUAUCUCUGCACUGUUCUUCUGAGAUCCGAAGGACGAACGAGGGGUGAAAAUCGAGAUGCUUUUGCGGAGUGCAUCGACGCCGGUCCUCGACUCGUGGUCGCCCCACCCGAAGGAGCCCACCUGCCCCGACCUCGACGCCGUCCGACCCGUGACCCGGACCCGACCCGUCUCGCUGGCCGCCUCUUCCUCCUUUUCGCUGUCGCUCUCGCCCGUCGAGGACGCCGCGGGCAAGCGGGUCGCCCGGGCCCGGUCCGAGACCAACCUGCAGGACGUACCGGUGCCGGUGCCGGUGCCGAGGAGGAAGCAGCCCGUCGCGGGGCUCCUCCUUGAUGGGUUCGCGCUGGAGGAGGACAUGGGGGAGCUGGGGUUCGAUGGGGUCGAGGGCCAGAUACCCGUGGCGGACGCCGGCUUCCUGAGCGUCCCGGUCGGGGGCGACGUCGGCGGCGGCGGCGGCGGGGGCGGCAAGAUUUGCGACGGUGGGGGGAGCGGCGGCUACGGGUCGGAUGGCGGCGACGGGAAGGAGGGUACGGAUUCGUAUUAUAAGAGGAUGAUCGAGGCUGAUCCGGGGAAUGCUCUCGUUCUUGGCAAUUACGCGAGGUUCUUGAAAGAGGUUCGAGGUGAUUUCGAGAACGCCGAAGUGUACUGCACGAGAGCGAUUCUAGCGAACCCAAAAGAUGGAAACGUUCUGUCCAUGUAUGCGGACCUAAUAUGGCAGAGCCAUAGGGACCCGGAGCGUGCAGAGAAUUACUUUGAUCAGGCCGUUAAAGCUGCCCCUGAUGAUUGUUAUGUUAUGGCUUCAUACGCUCACUUCCUGUGGGACGCCGAAGAAGACGACGAUGAGGAGGUUGAGGAGGUUAAGGACGAUACCAUGACAACGUUGCCUCCGAGUUUCUUCCGAGGAGCAUCUCAAUCGCUCCCUCCUCUAGCUGCUGCAUCUUAAUUUGGCCCUUCUUUCUCCUAUGUUUUUCCCUUUCCUCGUGUAAAAAUGGCCCUUAGAUAUCAAAUUUUGACCCCCUGUUAAUAACCUUCUAUGACCUUUUUAGCUCGGCCCUUGUGCCUCCUUAGAUUUAUUGUAAUAAAGAUGUAGAGAGAAUAAUCAACGAAAUGAGUUUUUCCCAGUGCUCA